GCGCCAGGAUCCACUGCGACGUGCAGAUCUUCUCGCGGCCGGGCCAGUAGAAGACGCCUGGUGCCCAGCAGAUUCCAGCAGCAGCAUGUGCACAUGUGGUGACUGCGAGCCGGCCAAGUCUGACUGGGAAGACUUGCAGGCCGCCGUCUUGGCCGGUGACACAAAGGCCCUGCAGGUGGCCGACGCAGCGAUGGCGCAGGCCAAGAGCCGCACUGACGCCGAGCGCAUGGAGGCGUUGGAACGCCUCCUGCAGGAGGAGUCCGUGGAGGACUGGUGGAGCCUGCAGCUCGGCGCUCCGACCAAAAGCCGAGGCUGGCAAGCUUGUGACGCUACCGUGCCCGCGGUGGGCAGCGGCCAGGAGUCCCUUGUCGCCGCCCAGGACUUUGCUCGAGGAGUUCCUGGGCUGAAGGACAGCAUAUUGGCCCAGUUCUCAGAGUUGCCCGCAGGACAACAGUGGCCAGGCCUGGGGGACACGUGCAUCGGGCUUGUGGUUGCAGAAGCCGACAGGGUGCUGGAGGACAACGGCACGGUGAAAGAGACCAAAGCCGUCUUGCGCCGCUGGAGCAGCACGUGGGCCAAAGCAACCAAAAAGGGCUUGGAAGAGGAUUCCCACAAGGCACAGGUGACAAGCUGGCACCCUGGGCGUGGCGGAGUUGCUUCGCGCGCCAGCCCGCAGCAGGACAGUGGUGCGGAGGACUGGCUCGCCAAGAGCUGCGAGGAGGUGGAGGGCUUCAAGAAGGCCCAGGUGCCCAGUUGGGCAGAGGCUGUGCUGAUUGACGGCGGGCUGGAAGCAGACGAUGAGUUCAUCCAGCGGACGGUGACCGCACUGCGGCAGCAAGGCGUCACCGGCAAGUCCCUGCUGGAGCUGACACUGGACGAGCAGAUUGCAGCUGGAAUCCCACUGGGCCCUGCAAAACUGCUGACCAAGAAGAUCCAGUUGUUGCAGGAGCCCCAGGUUGAGCUCCCUCGUUUUAACGCCGCAGAUCUCUCGGACUUGGAAGACCGCUUUUUGAACCGCCGAAUCAACAACAAGAAUGAGAGGCCUUUUGAGGAAAGAGAGGCGGUUGUUGAGAGUGUUGUGGAGCAAAUGGAGGAGAUCCAAAGGAAACAGACCAACAAGCCGACGGUCUUGGCCUUGUACAGCCCGCGGGGCACCGGCAAGACAUCGCUCAUUCGUCAUUUGGCGAAGGUCUCAAACUUUUCCGAAAGUCGACGGUGCGGGCGGCUCUUGGUAUUUGAUGCGUUGACGAUUCCGCCAACGCUGCUGCGCAAAGAUCCUGACUUGCUGGUUUCUGCCAUCAUCUUGUGGCACCUUUGCCAGAUCUUCGAUGGCUACUCUGUGGAGGUGAGCCAAGGGCCACCCAUUGGUUUCCAGACGACGAGGUUCAGCGAUUUGGUCAACAUAUUGGAAUCCAGCCGAUCAUCGCCAGCUGUCAACAGCUUUGAGGCUUGGGUUCGCUUACGUUGCAGAAUCAAGGAAGCUGUUUUCGAGCAGUGGCUUCUGGUGACGGCUGCAGCCUUCAAUGCAACACCAGCCUGCCCUUGCUUACUGUUCCUCGAUCAGGCAGAGCUGCUUGUGAACAGAAAGGUCGAUGAACUGAGCCAACAUCGUGGACAGAAAUCGGUCUUCACCCAAAUAUUGAGCCGAUUCCCGCAGGGGCUUGGCAUGUUUUCCGCAGGCACAGUCAAUAUCCUGCAAGAUAGGCCAUCCGACGAGUACACCAUGCUGAAGGUCCAGAAAGCUCCAGCUCUAGAGCCAUUGUCACUGCAAGCUGCCAGACGAGCCAUGAAAGGCUGGAGGGGUACGCAGUACCAGGAGGAGGAAUUCAACAAAUUUUUCCUCUUCUCUGCCGGGGUACCCCGGCUUUUGGAGGCGGCUUUCCAGACCAGGGGUGAGUUGGCAUCAACUGCUCAGGUUGCACUCAACGCCAUGUCGAAUGAGUUCGAAAGCUCGUACGCGGAUGCAGCGCCUUAUUUCGCUGAGCCCAAAGUGGCUUUGUCGUUGGUUCUUUGCUCGGCGGUUCGAUGGCCUGCAGAAGGCAACCAGUUUGUGCCCGGAACCUCACUAAGGUGGUCAGACAUCUUCAGGGCCGGAGCAGCAUUUCCAAACAACAAGUCCGUACUGGUUCCACGGCUGUGGUGGUGUAAGGAUACCAAUAUCAAAGACGCCCUCCAAAACGACUUGAAACAGCGGAACAUUUCGUUGGAAGGGCUCCUGCCAGACUUGCUGGAACUGUUGAAAGGGCAGGAAAGGGGCGCUACAGAGAGGGGGCCGCUGUGGGAAGGCCUGGUGGCCAAUUCCCUGGCUGUUCGCUUCCGCCUUCACUGCGUAGCAAGAAAUCUCAGUCCUGAAGUCACCUGGGUCCCGUUUUCGGAGAUCUACCCUACGGAGGAUCCACAUUUGCGAGCUGUUUUGGAGCCGUUCGAAGUUUGCUGGAGUGAUGGUGUGGAAUAUCCAAGCGGCCAAGGCAAUGAAGCAACUGUCAUGAGUGACGUUGGGAAGGCCAUCAAGUCCAACCGGAAUUUUGCAACGGCUCACCACGACCUUUUGAUCCCUGUGAGACGCAAGGCAACUGGUAAGCUCGAGUUCAUUGCUGCGCAAUGUCGUUAUGGAAAGAAAAAGGAUGCAGGCGGCCUGAAGUUGCAGGACAAGGCAAAGAAGGACAACUUUGAGGACAUGCAAAAUGUGUUGCUGCAGAUUUGCAGUGAGUCUGAAGGCUGGCAGUCCUUUACAAACAAGACAUGGGCCAGACGUCAGGAGGAGAAGAAAUACUCUCUCAUGAGUUGCGAGACUAUCAUUGCGCAGCUGGACGUGCUGAAACUUUUGUGA